UUUCCUCACAGAGACUUUGAUCCAAUCAGAUCAGCAGAGGAUCCUGAUGAUCUCUACAUGGUCUGACAAACACCAGACAGACUGACAGACGGACAUGUUGAGGCUGGUGUUGGUGCUGCUGCUGGUUUGGACAUGGACGAGCUUGGCGCUGGUCAGGGUUCCUCUGAGGCGGCAGCCUUCGAUCCGCAGCCAGCUGCGAGCUGACGGGCUGCUGCUGGACUUCCUGAAGGAUCAUCGGCCCGACAUGUUCAACCGCCGCUACGCUCAGUGCUUCCCGCCCGGCACGCCGUCGCUGCGGCUCGGACGCUCCAGCGAGAAAAUCUACAACUUCAUGGACGCUCAGUACUUCGGUGAGAUCAUGUUGGGUUCUCCGGAGCAGAACUUCUCUGUGAUUUUUGACACCGGCUCGUCCGACCUCUGGGUGCCGUCGUCCUACUGCGUCAGCGAAGCCUGUGCGUUGCACAGGCGCUUCCGGGCGUUUGAGUCAUCGUCGUUCCGUCACGACGGUCGGAUGUUUGGGAUCCACUACGGAUCAGGACACCUGCUGGGCGUCAUGGCCCGAGACACCCUGAAGGUCGGGGGUCUCACCGCCCUGAACCAGGAGUUUGGGGAGUCAGUCUACGAGCCCGGUGCCACAUUUGUGAUGGCGAAGUUCGACGGGGUUCUGGGGAUGGGCUACCCCAACCUGGCAGAGAUCCUUGGAAACCCGGUUUUUGACAACAUGAUGGCACAGAAGAGCGUGGAGGAGCCGGUCUUCUCCUUCUACCUCAGCAGGAGAACAAGAAGCAGCUACCCAGAAGGUGAACUCUUGCUCGGGGGAACAGACGAGGCGUUGUUCACCGGACCAAUCAACUGGCUCCCUGUGACCGUUAAAGGUUACUGGCAGAUAAAGAUGGACAGCGUGGCGGUGCAGGGCGUCAGUUCCUUCUGUCCUCGCGGUUGCCAGGCGAUUGUUGACACCGGAACCUCCCUCAUCGCCGGGCCGACCAGCGACAUCCUCAACCUUCAGCAGCUGAUCGGAGCCACGCCCACAAACAUCGGAGAGUUCCUCAUCGACUGCGUCCGGUUGUCCAGUCUGCCGCACGUGACGUUCGUCCUGGGAGGGACUGAGUACACGCUGACCGCCGAGCACUACGUCAGGAAGGAGAUGCUCGGAGACAAGGAGUUGUGUUUCAGUGGUUUCCAGGCCGUGGACGUUGUUUCCCCUGAAGGGCCCCUGUGGAUUCUGGGAGAUGUAUUUCUGACCGAGUUCUACAGCAUCUUCGACAGAGGACAGGACCGGGUCGGCUUUGCCAUCGCGAAGCACCCAGUCGAAGGUUAAAUCAGUUAUCAGGAGCUGACAGCUGUAUGAUCAAUAAAUACAACAUGAUUUAAAAGAC